GUGAUUUGCUGGCCCAGGGUCCCUGAGGCAUAGCGAUGUCUAAUUCCAGGGGAUGUCCAUGAUCCCUAUCUCUAGUCUCUCCAGAGAUUCUGGUUCUCGUCCUGCCUGGAUGCUCACCCUAGGGCAGUAUGAAGUUUUUCCAUCUCCAGCAGAGGACUCUGAGGGAAGGGAUUGGGAACUCUCUUUGGUUUCUGCUCUCUGGUAGGGCAAGGGUUAAUGGUGAAUUGCAACAUAUCUCUUGGCUGAGUCACCUCCCUCUGCCUCUCCCCCAAAUUCCCUUCAGCUGUUAUAAAGAGGACCAGAGGCUGGAGAGUAAAAAGAACUGGAGGUAAGAGCCCCUCUGCCUAGCACUGCUCCCCCAGGCUCCCAGAAAUCUCAGGUCAGAGGGCACGGACAGCCUCUGGAGCUCUUGUCUGGUGGGACCAUGAACUGGCCGCAGCUGUGGCUGGGCUUCCUACUCCCCAUGACAGUCUCAGGCCGGGUCCUGGGGCUUGCAGAGGUGGCGGCCGUGGUAAGUCCCCCAAGAAAGAGACCUGGGCCAGCGGAGGGACAGGGGUUACUGCUCCACAGCCCCAUCCAAGCCUCCCUCCUGACCUUCAGCCUCUCUGCCUUUCCCUUGCUCUCUCUGCCCCAUGGUCUACCCUGCCCAUCUCCCGCUGCUUCCCCUUGUUCCACCUGAGCCCCUUCUCUAAGGUGCUUCUCCAUUAGUGCUUCCAUAUCUGGUCCCUCCUCUCCUGAUGGACCUGUUAGGUCACUUAGAAGCUUUACUCUGAGACUAACCCCCUUUUAACCUGCUUACCUCCACUGCCAUCAUAGGACUACCUGUCACAAUAUGGGUACCUACAGAAGCCUCUAGAAGGAUCUAAUAACUUCAAGCCAGAAGAUAUCACCGAGGCUCUGAGUCUCAGGUCAGCUGGAUGAUGCCACAAGGGCCCGCAUGAGGCAGCCUCGUUGUGGCCUAGAGGAUCCCUUCAACCAGAAGACCCUUAAAUACCUGUUGCUGGGCCGCUGGAGAAAGAAGCACCUGACUUUCCGCAUCUUGAACCUGCCCUCCACCCUUCCAUCCCACACAGCCCGGACAGCCCUGCGUCAAGCCUUCGAGGACUGGAGCAACGUGGCUCCCUUGACCUUCCGAGAGGUGCAGGCUGGCGCGGCUGACAUCCGCCUCUCCUUCCAUGGCCGCCAAAGCUCGUACUGUUCCAAUACUUUUGAUGGGCCUGGGAGAGUCCUGGCCCAUGCCGACAUCCCAGAGCUGGGCAGUGUGCACUUCGAUGAAGACGAGUUCUGGACUGAGGGGACCUACCGCGGGGUGAACCUGCGCAUCAUUGCAGCCCAUGAAGUGGGCCAUGCUCUGGGGCUUGGGCACUCCCGAUAUUCCCAGGCCCUCAUGGCCCCAGUCUACCAGGGCUACCGGCCCCACUUCAAGCUGCACCCAGAUGAUGUGGCAGGGAUCCAGGCUCUCUAUGGCAAGAAGAGUCCAGUGAUAAGGGAUGAGGAAGAAGAAGAGACAGAGCUGCCCACUGUGCCCCCAGUGCCCACAGAACCCAGUCCCAUGCCAGACCCCUGCAGUAGUGAACUGGAUGCCAUGAUGCUGGGGCCCCGUGGGAAGACCUAUGCUUUCAAGGGGGACUAUGUGUGGACUGUAACAGAUUCAGGACCAGGCCCCUUGUUCCGAGUGUCUGCCCUUUGGGAGGGGCUCCCCGGUAACCUGGAUGCUGCUGUCUACUCGCCUCGAACACAAUGGAUUCACUUCUUUAAGGGAGACAAGGUGUGGCGCUACAUUAAUUUCAAGAUGUCUCCUGGCUUCCCCAAGAAGCUGAAUAGGGUAGAAUCUAACCUGGAUGCAGCUCUCUAUUGGCCUCUCAACCAAAAGGUGUUCCUCUUUAAGGGCUCCGGGUACUGGCAGUGGGACGAGCUAGCCCGAACCGACUUCAGCAGCUACCCGAAACCAAUCAAGGGUUUGUUUACGGGAGUGCCAAACCAGCCCUCGGCUGCUAUGAGUUGGCAAGAUGGCCGAGUCUACUUCUUCAAGGGCAAAGUCUACUGGCGCCUCAACCAGCAGCUUCGAGUAGAGAAAGGCUAUCCCAGAAAUAUUGCCCACAACUGGAUGCACUGUCGUCCCCAGACUAUAGACACUACCCCAUCAGGUGGGAAUACCACUCCCUCAGGUACGGGUACAACCUUGGAUACCACUCUCUCAGCCACAGAAACCACGUUUGAAUACUGACUGCUCAACCACAGACACAAUCUUGGACAUUAACCCCUGAGACUCCACCACCCACCCUUUCAUUCCCUCCUAGAAGCCUAAGGCCUAAUAGCUGAAUGAAAUACCUGUCUGCUUAGUAGAACCUUGCAGGUACUGUAGCAGGGGCAUGACCGUAGACCUCAGGCCUCUAACACUUCCAACUCCAGCCACCACUCUCCUGUGCAUUUUCACUCCUGAGAAGUGCUCCCCUAACUCAGCUCCCCUAACUUGGAUUUGGCCCCCAACUCCAUUUCCUGUCUGUCUUAGACAGCCCUUCCAACUGUGUCAUCUCUUCUCUGGAGGUCAGUGGUAGAGGGAGAUGCCUGGGUCCUGUUCUUCCUACAUAAAAUGCAAGAAAACAGCAUGGCCAGUAAACUGAGCAAGGGCCUUGGAAUCCUUGAGAAUUACAUUUACGUGCUUAUGAUUACGGGCAAGCUAAUUAACCUUGUUGAAUCUCAGAUUCCCCAUUUGCAACAUUAGGUUAAGACCAGUACUGCAGGAUUGUUGCACUAAAUGAAAUACUGUAUGUGAAGUGCCUGGCACAGUGUCUGGUACAUUUGUGUUUAAUAAAAGCUAACUCCAUGUUCAUAAGAGA